AUGUCUCUUACCCUCCUUCAGCCGAUAGGCUACGAUGCUCAUUCAUGCGGGUACUGCUCCCCACCAGGGGCCCGCAGCGGGAACAGCUCACGCAGCUUUGGGUUCAUCACCGAGCAGAUGAGCCCGCAGUUCUACCAGGGCCUCAUUGAACGCGGGUGGAGACGAAGCGGCGAGUACACGUACCACCCCGAUAUGGCGCGCACCUGCUGCCCGCAAUACACGAUCCGGUUGAGGGUCGACGAAUUCAAGGUGUCGCGGCAGCAACGCUCAAGCCUGAACCGAUGGAACCGCUAUAUCAGCGGGGAAGAGCCUAAGAACGGCAAAGGCAAGGUCAAGCCGUUCGAGCUGGGGCUUGAACUGCGACGCUGCCGCGACGUCUCCGGUAUGGCACACCGUUUCUCCAUCGAGCUCGUACCGGCUAUCGCAACGGACGAGACGUACAACCUGUACGAGCGGUACCAGAUUGCGAUACACAAGGACCAACCGGGCAAGGUCAGCCGUCGAGGCUUUGAGAGAUUCCUCUGCGACAGUCCACUCGGCAACACACCCGUCCACUACACGGACGGAGUAGACGCGACCGGUCUACCACACGAGUACGGCUCGUAUCACCUCCUUUAUCGCGUCGACGGGCAUCUCGUAGGCAUCUCCGUCAUCGACAUCCUCCCUUCGUGCGUGUCGAGCGUAUACUUUAUCUGGGACCCCGACUGGGCGUGGGCGAGUCUCGGCAAGCUCUCGGCACUGUACGAGAUCGGGAUAGCCCUCGAUAUGGCCGCGGCCGGCGCAGAGGGCAUGGAGUGGCUGUACAUGGGCUACUGGAUUGCGACGUGUCAGAAGAUGCGGUACAAGGGCGAGUAUUCGCCGUCAUUCCUCCUCGACCCGGGAACACAAGAAUUCCACCACCUCACACCCAAGCUCGACCAGUUCCUCCAAGUGCACAGCGGGUACACUCCGUUCAAGGAGGUUGAAGCGAUCAACGACGCCUCCGUGCGAGAGGAGUGGGAAGCGCAGCGCAAGGAAGAUGUGAACAUGGCCGAACCACACGAGCCGCGCCCCAAACGCGCCGACAAGCUCGUCAUGAACGGUAACGACAAGCCCGACGGCCCCGACGACUCGGACUCUGGCUCGGACUCGGAAGAGAGCUCGGAGCCAAACGACUAUCCCUCACCUCCGCCGCCUGGGUUCGGGGACCCGAACCAAUUCGACUUUGAUGAACUUGACAGCCUCUUCGUCUUCUUCAACCACAGCGGCAAACCAGCCGUCCUACCCUACGCUGAGUUCAGAAACAAUCUCACUCCCAUCGGCCGUCGCAUGACCAAGGAGCUCGUAGCCGCCCUGGGUCCAGACAUGUUUGCCAGCUCGCCAAUGGAGCUCCGAACAAAGGCUCUCCUCCAUUUCGGGUAA